AUCCAAUAUCUAUCCAACUUUAAUAUUAUUCUAAAAGUGCCUUACAACUUUCAACUGUGAACUUUCAACUCACAACAAAACAAAAAGCUAAAACCAGCAAAUUGAAUCGCAUUCACAUCACUGUCACUACCACCAUCGUCAUCAUCAACCACAACAACUACAACAAAGCAAACUGCUUCUCUACGCUCUUCCACCCCCCUUUCUUCACUUCUUUCUCUCGCAACUUCCAGAUUCAAGGUAAGUAAACUUCCAAGCAUAUAUGUUUGGGAGACCAUAAGUUCUCUUCGAUUCACAAGUUUGACAAUGACGAGUUUAGACAUAGCAAUUGAUGUGCCUUGAGUACUUCUGGUGAAGAAUAAUAGUACCUUGUUUUUCAUGUCUGGUAAAACAAGAUCCUUGUUUGGCAAAACUUUUGAUCUUUAGUAAAGUAGAAACACAAAACGGAUACAUAAGAGGUGAACGAAUAAAAUGGAAACUACAAGGCGGUGGUUUAGUAAGUUCAAGGGAAAUGAUAAAAUGAAGUCUGCAAAAGAAACUACAGGCGUGACCAAAGAAGGGCCAAAGCCCCCAACAAAUGAAGAACCACCUUCAAAUGUAACCAAACAGAAGGUUGAAGCUGCAAAGCAGUACAUAGAAAAUCAUUACAAGAAGCAGAUGCAAAGCCUGCAGGAGAGGAAGGAAAGACGUAAUAUGCUAGAAAAGAAGUUGGCAGAUGCUGAAGUGUCUGAGGAAGAGCAGCACAACUUGCUUCAGUAUUUGGAGAAAAAGGAGAGGGAGUACAUGCGGCUUCAGAGACAUAAGAUGGGGGCUGAUGACUUUGAGCCGCUGACUAUGAUUGGAAAGGGUGCAUUUGGAGAGGUUAGAGUCUGCCGGGAGAAGGCUACUGGUCAUGUAUAUGCUAUGAAGAAGCUUAAGAAAUCUGAGAUGCUUCGUCGUGGCCAGGUUGAACAUGUCAAAGCUGAGAGAAACCUGCUUGCUGAAGUUGACAGCAAUUGCAUUGUUAAACUUUAUUGUUCCUUUCAAGAUGAGGAAUAUUUAUAUCUGAUAAUGGAGUAUCUACCUGGUGGAGAUAUGAUGACAUUGCUGAUGCGGAAGGAUAUACUGACAGAAGAUGAAGCCAGAUUCUAUGUUGGGGAGACUGUCCUAGCCAUAGAGUCAAUUCAUAAGCAUAAUUAUAUUCAUAGAGAUAUCAAGCCUGACAACUUGCUGCUAGAUAGAAAUGGUCACAUGAAGUUAUCAGAUUUUGGAUUAUGUAAACCACUAGACUGCAGUAAUCUUCAAGAAAAGGACUUUUCUGUUGGAAAUAACCGAAGUGGAGCCCUCCAAAGUGAUGGACGUCCAGUGGCUCCUAAACGAACUCAACAGGAACAACUGCAGCAUUGGCAGAAAAAUCGACGAAUGCUUGCCUAUUCUACUGUUGGAACACCUGAUUAUAUUGCUCCAGAAGUUCUGCUGAAGAAAGGAUAUGGCGUGGAAUGUGAUUGGUGGUCUCUAGGAGCUAUAAUGUAUGAAAUGCUUGUGGGGUAUCCACCCUUUUACUCAGAUGAACCAAUGUUGACUUGUAGAAAGAUAGUAAAUUGGAGAACUAAUUUGAAAUUUCCAGAAGAAGCUAAACUUUCAGUAGAGGCAAAAGAUCUUAUUUGUAGACUCCUGUGUAAUGUAGAGCAGAGGCUUGGAACCAAAGGAGCCUAUGAAAUAAAGGCCCAUCCAUGGUUCAAAGGCAUCGAAUGGGACAAACUGUACAAAAUGAAAGCUGCUUUCAUACCUGAGGUCAAUGAUGAAUUAGAUACUCAAAACUUUGAGAAGUUUGAAGAGGUAGACAAGCAAACUGUAGCUUGCUCAAAAGCAGGGCCCUGGAGAAAGAUGCUGCCAUCUAAAGAUGUUAACUUCGUUGGGUACACAUACAAGAAUUUGGAAAUCGUAAAUGAUCAUGAAAUACCAGGAAUUGCUGAAUUGAAGAAGAAGAGCACAAAACCUAAAAGACCAUCUAUUAAGGCCCUAUUUGAGGAUGAAUCAGCUGUGGCUGCGAAUCAACCUGUCAGAGGAAGCUUCUUAAACCUGUUACCUCCUCAAAUGGAAGUUCCUGAAAAAAGUGAAUCACAAUGAUCUAUACCAAUAUUUUUUACAGGAUAUGUUGAAGACCAUGGACACAAACAAAUGUGGAUGUCUACUGAUUGUUCAUUUUCUCACAUUCUUUUGUUAGAUUGGAGUUGAUAGAUUUGGAAGCCAGCAGAUCCUGAAAUCUCUGGUUUUGGAUGGCUGAUUUUUUUGGCUGACUGGGAUAUUAUUUGCGUAGAAAAAUGUUAUAAGGUGUAUAUUCCUCAAUUCACCUUCUAUCAAACUUCAAUAUGUUAAAUAUCAUAGUUUCUUUUCCCUGUAAUUAAGUUACUGUUGAAGUUGAAUUUCUGACAAAGAUGUGCAAUUCACACAUUUUUGUACAAUUUAUAGAUUUUGAUUGGUUUGUAGGUUAACAAUUUCUGUUAUCUGACAUUAGGGUCCAAACUAUACUGCGGAAAUCAUGCCUUAUGUUAGAAUAAUUAGCUUGUGUGUUUGUCA